GAUGUCGAGAAGCAGGAGCCCCAGAGUCCGCCCCGUUGCGAGACGGAUCCGUCCGCGUCCAGGCUCUCGGCCUUUAGCUCCCUGGGCUUCCUCGACCGCUUCCUCGCCGCCUGGAUCUUCCUGGCCAUGCUGCUCGGCAUCCUCCUGGGUAAUUUCGUCGACCAUGUCGGGCCGGCGCUGCAGAAGGGCACCUUUGUCGGCGUAUCCAUACCCAUCGCCAUCGGGCUCCUCGUCAUGAUGUACCCCAUUCUCUGUAAAGUGCAGUACGAGAAGCUGCACGAGGUCUUCAAGACGCGGGAGAUCUGGAUCCAGCUGGGGUUCAGCAUCGUCAUCAACUGGAUCGUGGCGCCUCUGGUCAUGCUUGGGCUUGCGUGGGCUUUUCUUCCGGACGAAAGGGCCCUUCGCGAAGGUCUCAUCCUUGUGGGCAUCGCGCGGUGCAUCGCUAUGGUACUGAUCUGGAACAACCUGGCCGGCGGUAACGGCGACUACUGCGCCAUCCUGGUCGCCGUCAACUCGCUCCUGCAGAUCGUCCUGUUCGCGCCCGUCUCGCUGCUCUUCAUCCGCGUCUUCAACCAGGGCGCCUCGGGUUCUUCGGCGACCACCACCCCGACUGUGUCGUACUCCACCGUCGCCACCUCGGUCGGCGUCUUCCUCGGCAUCCCCCUCGGCGCCGCCGCGCUGACCCGUCUCGCGCUGCUGCCCCUCCUGGGGCCGGAGGGAUACAGGGCACGCUUCCUGCGCCUCGUCGCCCCCUGGUCGCUCGUCGGCCUGCUCUUCACCGUCGUCGUCCUCUUCGCCUCCCAGGGCCGCCGGGUCGUCCACCAGGUCGUCUCGGUCGUCCGCGUCGCCGCGCCCCUCGUCGUCUACUUCUCCGCCAUCUUCUUUGCCACCCUCGCCGCCGCACGCCGCGCCCGCUUCCGCCACGGCUACGCCGUCACCCAAGCCUUCACCGCCGCCAGCAACAACUUUGAGCUCGCCAUCGCCGUCGCCGUCGCCUCGUACGGCCCCCACUCCGACCAGGCCCUCGCAGCCACCGUCGGGCCGCUCAUCGAGGUGCCCGUCCUGCUGGGCUUGGUCUACGGGGUCAAGUGGUUAGCGAACCGGAGGGGUUGG